AUGUACUCCUUGCUGAUUUUUUGCCUAUCUAUUGGUUUUUGUCAAGCCCUUGGAGACGUAUAUUUACCAGCGGAAAAUGAGGUUGCAUCUGGUCGGCUGGCCACGGAAUAUUUCACAUACGCCGCUCCCCCGGAUGAUGACACGGCGGCCCCCUACCAGGCUGCCUGCCAGCUUGCUCAGGUCAUUUCCCCGCCGCAACAGGUCGUGUUCAUACGCACUCCGGAGACAAAUGUCUUUAGCUUGACCGCCAAGCAACUGGCGACCAAUAGUCCACUGGAUAUCUUUGUACUGCAGCGGCAGGCUGAUGCCGCGGCAUUGGCGCAGCAACAGGCUUCAAUUCAGCAGCAGGUGGCACCUCAGCCAUCGGUGCACUUUGUCAAGUACCGAACGCCGGCGGAUGUCACCCGAGCUUUGAGCAUUUUGCGCAGCGACUACGACAGACUGCCGGGUAAUAGUAUAAGUCACGCCAUCGAAAAGGCUGAUGUCUUGCACUUAAACUCGCUGGCUCCACUGAAGCCUUCACCUCCCCACAAUCCAGUGAUCUUUAAGAUCCGGCCAAAAGAUAGCGCCGAGUACGAGACCCAUGAACAGGCCAGCGAAUUGGAAACUGCCAAGUUGCAGGCAUUAUUCCGGGAGUAUCUGCCUCCAAGAAAGCGUCGUUAA